AUGAUAAUUGGGUGUACUGUACAUAUCGAUUUUGGUAUCGAUAACGAAGGUGAUGAAUUCAAAUAUACAGACGGUAUCUUAGGAUUAGGCUACACACCAACCUCCUUCAUGUUCGCAGCAACCAAGCAGUAUGGUAACAAGUUCUCGUACUGUCUCAUGGACCAUAACCUCCCCCUGAACUCCACCAACUUUUUAACUCUUGGUUCAUACGAGACAAGCCAGACUCCAAAAGCCACCUUGUCUGGUCCAAUGCAGCGAACCAAACUGAUUAUCACAGAGGAGGGAGAAUAUGGUGUCCAAAUUGAAGGCAUCUCCAUUGGAGGCCAAAUGCUGCAGCUCCCAGCAGAGCUCUGGGAUUUCAAAACUGGUGGAGGCAUGACAUUAGACUCAGGCGCAUCCUUGACGGCCCUGGCCAAGCCAGCUUUUCACAAGGUUGGUCAAGAGAUGAUGAAGGCAUUAGCACCAAAAUAUAAGAUCGUACUUCAGACUAAUUCUUUACUCAGGUACUGCUUUACUGCUGCGGAUAACGAAGAUUUUGACAAAGAUGUCCCUAAACUGGCCUUUCAUUUUGCUGAUGGAGUGGUGUAUGAGCCUCCUGUGCGUAACUAUGUGCUUGCCACAGAAACCAAUUUGCAAUGCCUCGGGCUGAUGCCAGUAGUUCCCGCAAGUCAUAAGGCUGGAUUAAUAGGCAACAUCAUGCAACAGCUUCAUCUCUGGGAAUUUGACUUGACCUCCAUGACCGUAGGCUUUGCUCCCUCUCAAUGCACCUUUUAA